AUGUGGAAAUUUGUUGUUCGCAAUCCGACCGACAAAGGCGACAAUCCUUCAGCUUCUGGGGAAGUUCAAGAGUUUACCGGGUCAACUACAUCCUCGACCUCGAUACUGCCUACGGAUCAAGGCAAUCAACGAAAUGAUGCUAUUAAUACCGAACAAAGCGAAAGGUCAAAUGCGAAACAAAAGCGCAAGUUCAAUCCAUUGUGGCAAAAAGCAUUUCCUUGGGUGAGGUUAGUCAACAAAAAAAUGUUUUGCGAUGUUUGCACGAAGAAUAAACAUGCAGAUAAAUCAAGUGCGUUUGUUAAAGGAUGUGAUAAUUUCCACAUCAAAUCACUUCGAAAGCACAACACGAGUAGCGGGCAUGUUAAAUGUGCUGCAAAUGUUAAAGCUCUUAGUGCCGAACCGGGCACAAAUCCUGCUGAAAGAGCACUACGAGUACUGCACGAAAAGGAGUUCGAGAAAAUGCGUGACUGUGAUGUUUCGAGUUUCACACUCUUUAGCAAAGAACGGGAGACCGUAUUCGGACUACGAGUGGGCCCUAGAUCUUCAGGAAACAACGCACAACAUAAAACUUGGCGAGACUUACAGAAAUGAUCGAGCUGGGCGAAAGUUUACAGCUUUUAUAGCUGAGGCAGAGCGUCUUAAACUAGCUUCGGAAUUGUCAACUACUCCUUUUUACAGUAUCCUGACAGAUGGUACUACGGACACGUCUGUUUGCGAAGCCGAGAUCUUGUAUGUAAGGCAUUGUAAUAAAGGAAAGAUAAGUAAUCGAUUCUUGGCUCUACGUAAUCUUGAACGAGCAAAUGCCGAGAAUAUCACGAAAGUAAUUGAAGAAACCGUAAAGGAUUUUGGUGGUGUGUCCGAAGAAGAUCUAUACAAGAAGGCUGUCGGAUAUGGAGCAGAUGGGGCUAGCGUCAAUAUGGGAUGUCAUUCGGGAGUUGGCGAACGUCUUAAACAAUUAUCUUCAAUAUCUUGA